AUGAUUAUUGCCGCUGUUACUCUGGCUCUUUUAUGUUGUGUUGGGCAAUCAUACGAGCAAAUUUACGACCCACUUUGCAUACAAAAGGGUCGCAAAUGUGGUAAUAAUAUGGUCUACAGAGUUAUCGACGAAGUGAAAUAUGCUGACGAUGUAUCACCUAAAGUGAUAUGCAUUGUGGAAUGCACAUGCAUCAAUGAACAGUAUGAAAGAAAAAAUGGACAGUGCAUUGAAAAAAACAAUAUUACGAAACGAAACGAAGCUGAGUUUGGUCGUGAAAUAUUGCCUAAACACUGCGCGGGAAGAGUGUGUGCACUUGAUGAAGAAAUUUUCAAUGUUCCGUGUUCACUGACUGGUAAAAUUUGCGGAACCAAUAUGAUAUUUACUAAAAUCGGUAAAUUGCUUAAAAAGAAUGGCACUGAAGUUUGCUUCCAAAAAUGUACUUGUAUGAGUGAGGAAUAUGUCAAAGCCAAUGGUCAGUGCAUCCUUUCUACGAAAGGAAAUGAAACUGCGACACCAACUUCAACCCAACGAUCUGCCACCGAAUCAAAACUUCAACCAACCAUGCGAAAGGUGAGAAAUUUACAAUUGUUGUUUAUUUCUCAUGAGAGUACAAUAUUUAUCUCUUGUUCCAUUUUAUCUUUCUUACUUAUCUUUCCUAAUGUAAUAUUGGAUGAAUUUAAGUCGUUUAUAAAUAAAAAGUAA